AGUAUGGACUCGGGAGGGGAAGGAGAAGAGGGUUGGAUGGAGGACCAGUGGGAGAAAUGGUUGACCCAUGACAUCAGCCUGGACGAGUUUGAGGACGACGACCUGUCGGAGAUCACGGAGAUCACGGACGAGCGCGGGAUGAGCCUCAACUGCAAUGGCCCGGAUAUGAAGGGCCGCGUGAGGCGAGGGACCAAUAGCCUGUCGGGGAGGGCGGAGCUGGGAGCCGUCGGCCAGCUCCAGGCAGAGAUGCUGCAUUUGGAGCUCAUCGACGGUGCCGACGGUUGCCGCGGCGACAAAGAGACCUCGAAGGCGUCGGCAGUCGCAACCCCGCCGGUCACCAAGGACCCCGCAGCACCCGUUACUAUGGAUACCUACCGGCCCAAGAGACCCACGACCCUUAACCUCAUCUCGAUUGUGCCGCGCACACAGGACACGCUGAACAACAACUCCUUUGGGAAGAAAUACAGCUGGCAGGAGAAGGUUUCCGGCUCGUCCUCGCCCCUUAAAACAGGUGACCUCACCCCUCCGCGCGAGCACAGCUGCCUGAGCGACGAGGACAGGGUGCAGGGCGGCGGCGGCGCGCAGACCAAAGACCGCGGCACGUCCACCGACGCCCCCUGCCGACACAGCCACACGUCGGGACACUCGCACGGCUCGUCCGCGACCCUCUCCAAGCUCCAGGAGAAGCCCCCGGCGCCACCGCCGCCGCCGCCCCCGCCGCAAAACUACACGCCGGCCCCCGUGUACCCGGCGGACGGAGGCGGUCCCCACCGGGAGAGGAUCCGUUACCACACGGACGUCCACCUGGAGCCCACGGAGGAGAUCUACCUAACCCCCGUGCAGCGCUCCGCGGACCCUCUGGACGCUCCCGACGCUCAGGACCGGCCCUUCCUCUCGCAGCAGACGGAGCAGGGCCGCAUGUCCAUCAGCUCCGACACCGAGGGCCCGCCUCCGUACCAGCCCCUCCCGGACCGGACGAACUCCUCCAUCUGUGAGGAGGACGAGGUCUACGUCGCCCCGCCUACGUAUGCUUCUUGCAUCGAGUCCCUCUUCACGCCGCCCGGCGCCGCGCGCUCCUCCCUCGCGCUGGACCUCAGCCUGAAGGGGGCGGGAACGGGGGCCGCGGUCAUGCUGAGACCCGGGUCCUCGGUGGAGUACGUGGACGCCACGGACGACAGCUACUGCGGCGAGGACGAGGACGUGGACCGGAUCAUGAUGGACGGGAGGAUGAGGAAGGGGGGAGGAGCCGGGGACGGCGGCGGUGGAGGAGGCGGCGGCCGAGUCCCGCUAAGAACUGCCAUGAACUCGGAGGCCAGCGGUCUUUCGUACGACUCGGUCAAAUACACUCUGGUGGUGGACGAGCACGCUCAGCUGGAACUCGUCAGCCUCCGGCAGUGUUACCAAGGUUACAGCGACGACAGCGACUCGGCCACCGUCUACGACAACUGCGUCUCCUCUCCCUACGAGUCGGCCAUUGGGGAGGAGUACGAGGAGGAGGAGGAGGAGGAGGAGGAGGAGGAGGAGGAUGAGGAUGACGAGGACGGCAUUCAGAUAGGAGGAGUGAGGAGAGAGGCGACGGCGUGUCUGUCGGAGGAGGACUCCACUCCAGAGGUCGACCUGCACUUCUCCAAGAAGUUCCUCAACGUCUUCAUGAAUGGACGCUCGCGCUCCUCCAGUGCGGAGUCCUUCGGCUUGUACUCCUGCCUCAUCAACGGAGAGGAGCGGGAUCAGAGCCACCGAGCCGUCUACAGGUUCGUCCCUCGCCACGACGACGAGUUGGAGCUGGAGGUGGACGACCCGCUGCUGGUGGAGGUCCAGUCGGAGGACUACUGGUACGAGGGCUACAACAUGCGAACCGGCGCCCGCGGGAUCUUCCCGGCGUACUACGCCAUCGAGGUGACGAAGGACGCCGACGGCGACAAAGUGAAGAGCAGUGAGUGGACGGACAGAUACCGGCUGAAGUUCCUGGGCUCAGUUCAAGUGCCCUCCCACAAAGGAAACGAUGUUCUGUGCGCGGCUAUGCAGAAGAUUGCCACCAACAGACGGAUGACAGUGAAGUACAACCCGCCUUCCUCCUGCAUCCUGGAGAUCAGCGUGAAAGGCAUCAAGCUGGCGGUUCAGGAGGACUAUUACGCCCGCGAUAGAAGUAACGAGUGCAGCCACUUCUUCCAGUUAAAGAACGUCUCCUUCUGCGGAUACCACCCCAAAAACAGCAAGUAUUUUGGUUUCAUAACUAAACACCCGGCGGACCAGAGAUUUGCCUGCCACGUGUUUGUGUCUGAAGACUCCACCAAACCUCUUGCCGAGUCCAUAGGCAAAGCCUUCCAGUCGUACUACAAAGAGUUUGUGGAGUUCUCGUGCCCGACGGAGGACAUCUACCUGGAAUAGCCCCGCCCUGCCUUCAACCACAGCUCUGUACAGUACACUGUAUCAUAACAUAACGUUGCAUGAAGGACAGUCAUAUCUAAAAAAAUUAAGAGAGAGGAGAGCGAGAGAGAGAGAGAGAGAGAGAGAGAAAAGAAAAAAAUGAAAUGAACACAUCUGAUAAACGAGCAGGUAAAGAAAGAACCUCUGCGCCGCAAAAGAAAAAGAUGGAAACGAGCCAAAAAGGAGAAGGAACGAAGUCUCGAGAGAGAGAAGGAAAAAUAUGCAAAAUGGAGCCCGGAAAGCACAAACGUUGCGUCACUGCAGCCUCGGGGCACCAACUGGUCGGCCUGUAAGCGUCACUGGAGGCGUAACUGGACUACGCCAGCUCCUCUGUGCAGUUGGCAAAAACAUUAAAAAAGAAAAGAAAAGGGAACGAGGGAAGGUGUAUAUUUACUUAACGGCGCCCUCACACUGUACGCUAAAUGAAAGACACACAUUGUGAUGCUCUUUGCAUUUUAUUUUAUUUUUCUGGGCCCCCACUUUUAGAUUAUUUUGGUUGUGGAGCCAAAAAAAACUUCUUUUUUUUUUUAAAAACCAGACCAUUUUAAAAUCAGUAGCCCAGAAUGCAUUGCCAUGAGUGCCAGUGAGGAGAUCUGAUGCAUUCUGGGAAAUAAUAAAUGGAACAGCUCAUCAUCAUUAUGUAAACGGUGUGAGGGCGUAUGAACGUGGAGUUUUCCCUUUUUCCGAACUUCUAGUGCUCCGCUAAUAACCCCCCCCCCCCCCCCACGCUGCAGAACCGUUGGUUCUAAAGGUUCCUAGUCCUCUGCGCUCCAACUCGGGCUGUGAAGGUUUAAAGACUCGGCUUCGGGCUCCUUUUCGGUGCUUCGCGUGGUGUGUGUGUGUGUGUGUUUUAUUUUUUUUAUUUAUUUUUUUUUUAUUCCUCAAGAAACUCGCUCCUCGUAGUUUUUUUUUUUUUUUUUUUUUUUUUCCACGCCAGAGAAAUAUAAAUUACGAGGCGCUCUCAGCGUCGGGCCGGCGGUGAAGAGAACAAGGUGAGAGCCUCGGGGUGCUGACAAAAGGAGCGGAAGCAAAGAUCUGGUGUCUUCAUAUAUCUUCACUAGUAGUGCCUCUUCCCCCCCCCCCCCCCCCCCCCCCCCACUCAUCGUGACCUUCCUCAUCGUGACCUUCCUCAUCAUUUCAAGGGAUCGCCAUCGAGUGCGUGUUGAAGAGUUUUGAAGAGUUUUGAAUGCAAAUGAUGGAGUACGUUUGAAGGGAAUUGCACUUUUAUUUUGUUUUGUUUUUAAUCGCCGCUGUGCUGUACCUGUGAUGUCACCGGUCGUAUUCGGGGGCCUUUUAUGUCUGUGUAAUACGUUUUAAAAGCACAUACCCCCCCCCCCCCCCGCGUUUUGAAUCAUAUUCACAGUUCAUCAGCCCAAAAAUAACCACGAUUGCUGCUUUUUGUACAUGAAGUCCCAGAGGAGCUGGAAAUGAACAUACACAACUUUGAAACAAAAAAAAUAUCUAUAAAAAGCCAAGAAAAGCCGUGCAGACGUGUGUUUUUUGUUGUUGUUUUUUUUUAAUGCAGAGCUGGAAUAAUCACUUUACUAAUUGACAGAAAGAAAUGUGCGUUAGUUUUCAAGUACAAAUGUCAAAACAAUCCUCAGUUUUCGCUUCUCAAAUACGAAGAUGUUGCUGCUUUUCUUGGUUUUGUGCCAUCGUGAGCUGCUACGUGGAUCUUUUUAGGUUUGGAAUUGCGCCUUAAGAUACCGCCAUUUAAUAAUCAUAACAGAAAUACAACUUUCCACUAUUGUUUUAGUUUAUAUAUAUAUAUAUAUAUAUAUCCUCCCGGGUACAGCACAGUUGUUCUUCAGUGGCAAACAAAGUGUUCUUCCUCCAUCAUGUAUCACUAACACGCAUAUCUAACAGAUUUAUUUUACGUGACCUAUAUUUAACAGAAGAUGACGAGAAAGAUUGAUUUAUGAAGAAGGAUGUGUUCAGGCGUAGAUCUACGACGGUCCCCCAUCGUUUGUUCCUUUUCAACGACGACAAUGGGGAAAAACGAGAGAGCGACGCCCACUUUUUAUACGAGUUCCCUUCUCGAGCGGCUGUGUGCGAAGGGUGUAUAGACAUGCCAUAUAUGAAUAAAUAAUGUAAUAUCUGUAAUUAUAAAUAUGACAUUGUAUGGAUUCAACAUGUAGUACGUGGAAUUGAUCUUUAUUUUUUGGGGGGAUUUUCUUUAUUUUGGUGUUUUUUUUUUUUUUUUUAGAUGUGGAUUAUUCUUUAUUUAAACAUUUUAAGC